GAUAUGACAUCCAUCCCCUCGCAGCUCUGUUGCGCAGACCAGCCCGCAUCGCUUCUGUCGCUUAGAAACGGGGCAUGGUGCAGCAACCAAGAUGACUUCCAACGAAGAUGUCAUGAUGGCAACAUCACCCCGCGAGCUUACUCAGAACCCGCUGAAGAAAAUAUGGAUGCCAUGUAAAAACGGGCUGCCUGAAAAGCACAUUUCACAGAGAAGGGUAUGUAUGACCAACUGUCCCACCCUUAUUGUGACGGUUGGCCUCCCAGCCAGAGGUAAGACCUACAUCUCCAAGAAGCUGACCCGCUAUCUCAACUGGAUUGGUGUGCCAACCAAAGAGUUCAACGUGGGUCAGUACAGGAGAGAGUGUGUGAAGAUCUACAAGUCCUUUGAGUUUUUCCGUCCAGACAAUGAAGAGGGGCUGAAGAUCAGGAGGCAGUGUGCACUGACAGCGUUGAAUGAUGUGCGCCAGUACCUGAGUGUGGAGGAGGGCCAGGUGGCAGUGUUUGAUGCCACGAACACCACACGGCAGAGGAGAGGGACCAUCACCAGGUUUGCAGAACAGAACGGCUUUAAGGUGUUCUUUGUGGAGUCUGUGUGUGAAGACCCUGAUGUCAUUGCGGAGAACAUAGUGCAAGUGAAGCUGGGUAGUCCUGACUACAUAGACUGUAAUACAGAAGAGGUCGUUGAGGAUUUCAUGAAGAGGAUCAAGUGCUAUGAGAACUCUUACCAGCCACUGGAUGAGGUUCUAGACAGGGAUCUGUCCUACAUCAAGAUAAUGGAUGUGGGCCGGAGGUACCUGGUGAACCAGGUCCAGGACCACAUCCAGAGCCGGAUCGUCUACUACCUGAUGAACAUCCACAUCACACCACGCUCCAUCUACCUGUGUCGCCAUGGAGAGAGUGACCACAACGUCAAGGGACGCAUCGGAGGAGACUCUGGCCUAUCUGGCAGGGGCAAGGAGUUUGCAAAGUGUCUGGAGAAGUUCAUCCAAGAGCAGAACAUUAAGGAUUUGAAGGUGUGGACCAGCCAGAUGAAGAGGACCAUCCAGACAGCUGAGGCUGUGGCUGUGCCCUACGAGCAGUGGAAGGCUCUCAACGAGAUAGAUGCUGGUGUGUGUGAGGAGAUGAUGUAUGAGGAGAUCCAGGGACAUUUCCCUCAGGAGUUUGCACUGAGAGACCAGGACAAAUACCGCUACCGCUACCCUAAAGGAGAGUCCUAUGAGGACCUGGUGCAGCGUCUGGAGCCAGUCAUCAUGGAGCUGGAAAGACAGGAGAACGUCCUGGUCAUCUGUCACCAGGCUGUCAUGCGCUGCCUGCUCGCUUACUUUCUGGAUAAGAGCGCAGAGGAGCUGCCUUACCUGAAGUGCCCUUUGCACACUGUACUGAAGCUGACACCUGUGGCUUAUGGCUGUAAAGUAGAGUCUGUCUUUUUGAACGUGGAAGCUGUGAACACCCACAGGGACAGGCCAGAGAAUGUAGACACUUCACGGAUGCCGGAGGAAGCCCUGUUCACAGUCCCCGCCCACCAGUGAUUAGGGACAGUUCCCAAGACUACAGAGUGACAUCACUUACCAUGGCCACUUCCUCUACUCAAUCAGCAAUCAAUCCAAAUUUCUCUUUUAAUUUGUUCCUUGCAGUGGGAUUGGAAAAAAAACGCAUCCGGAUCUUUCAUUGGACAUAUUCCUCGUUCAGGUUCACCUCAUCUUUCUCUUUUCUUCUGUGCAAUGAAAGUCUAGACAACUGGAAUCCAGUUCAAUGGUGAUUUGCCCCACUAUCGGGGUAUGUGUGAGAGUGUGUGCAUGUGAGUGUGUUUUGUAUGUGUGUGAGUGUAUAUGAUCAAGAUAAGGACAAUCUGAUUUGAAACCUAUUUUAAAUACAGGACAUAUGGCUUUUCAUCAAAUUGUAGAGUUGAGCUUUUCUGAAAUCGUGUCUGUCACAGGUAGCCCAAUUCUGAUCUUUUUCUACUAAUUGGUCUUUUUACCAAUCAGAUUAACUCUUUUUACAAUAAUUUGGCAAAAGAUCAGAGUUGGGCUGCCUGUGCAAACACAGUCUAUGAACCAUAUGUUGACAUUGUACAUUUCUUGUUCUUAGUAUUUUAGUGUUUGUCCACCCCAUUUAAAAAAUUAAUAAUAAUAAUAAUGUAUUUGUUGAAUUUCCUAUUAAACUAACUAUUGCAUUACAAGUUUGAGGCUGUGAUAUGCAGACUCUAAAGCGGGGACACGAAUUGUAGCUAGUCAUUUUUGUCUGGUAUAAAAUCAGGCUGUUCCUAUAAAGGCAGUUUUGCGUAUCUAUCAUUUUCAAUUAAAUUAAUCUUCAUCUAGUUAAAAUCUAAAGAGAUUGACAAGUUUGUUUCCAUGUUGCAUCAGUGAUAUGCUAUAUCUAGAAUGUUUUUAUCUAUUGUUCAAUGUCUACUAGUGAAGGAUACUUUAUCUAAAAUGCUGCUGUAGUUCAGUAGCACAGGAAUAGUUGUUGGUAUCAUAACAAAUCAAUUGAAAUGACUUCUAAUGCCUGUGUAAACACGUAUAUUUGUAAUGAUCACCAUAAUCAGUUGUCUAUAACGCGUUGAAUGUCAUUAAAUCGCUCACUGGUAUUAUAUAGUUUUAAGCAUUUUCAGCAUGUCUUGUUUGUCAACGUGUCAAGAAUAUGAUUCUGUCAAUGUAAAUAUCUACAUCAUCCAAAUGUAAUAAAUAUUUUGAGUUAA